UGCCAACCUUUGGACCAGGUGGCAACCUUUCAUAGCACUGCUGCUGACAACAGUCAAAAACGACGCGCUCCGCUUAAGCCCUGUUGUUUUUUGUGUGAGAAAAAAUACAAUUCUAAUAAAAAGAUCUGAUUGAGCAACUACUGCAAUGAACGACAAAAAGUUGGAGGCAUUUAGCAAGCUCCAUGUGCUAGAAGUGAGUCGCGUUGAGAGUUUUGAGGACUGGCCCUUUCCUGCGAGCUCAGCAUGCAGCAUUGCAAAGAUGGCAGAGGCGGGAUUCUACUGGACGGGCACAAAACGCGAGAACGAUACAGCUACAUGUUUUGUAUGCGGCAAAACGCUUGACGGCUGGGAGUCGGAGGACGAUCCCUGGAAGGAGCAUCUAAAACAUGCGCCACAGUGUGAAUUCGUUAAAAUGGGGUGCCCAGAAAAAGAUAUGACAGUAGAUCAAUUUCUCAGAAUUUUUGGUACUGCUGUCAAAAAUAAUAUAGAAAAGAAUACGAAGGAUUUUAAAACAAAAUUCAUAAAGGAAAAUGAAACCAAGGUGAACGAGUUCAUAUGCAAACAGCCUUAGUAUUAAUUUUAUAAGCAUUUAAAUUUUAUGUAUACUUAUCAAAAUACAUUUCCUUGUUUGAAAUACAUUUGCAUGAC